GAUACAGCGCAAAAUUGAAUGAUCACAUAUAUGUUGUUCCUGUUAUGUUCCUUCAUAUUGUUCAUUAGGAUUUGAUUUGAUUCAUUGAUUUUGAAUGAACAGAUAUAUGUCGCUGAAGAAUUUGAUGGAAGACAAGCAACUUGACUUUAACCGGCCACUUCUUUCCGUGAGACGCUUCACAUCUCAGGUUGCAGGUUCUGAAUCUGAGGGCAACAAGAAAACUGAUAAUUCACUCAACAAAAUACCCAGUCCGCCCAUUUAUAAAUCUGAACUGAAAUCAGGUCCAAUUAGGUACCCAGGGACAGUUCCUUUUGUAUGGGAGAAAACCCCAGGUCAACCCAAGGAAGAAAAAAAUACACAAGCUCGUGCUCUUGACAAGCCUCCCAUUGCCCCAAAGCUUCCACCUGGGAGGGCUUUGAAUGAUAAGCAGCAGCCUUCAAUAAAAGGGUCUGACGCUAAAACUUUUGCAUCAUGCCAAACAAAAAUUGUGCCUUACAAUUCUCAAAAUGUUUCAUCAUUGGCUCUCAAUGAAACUAAACAUGAAUGUGCAAUUGGAGAAAUGGAGGAGACAGGGAGCUCUGGCUCAAAGGAUAGUGGUGAGGCAUAUGUGGAUGCACUUGAUACACUUUCACGGUCGGAGUCAUUCUUCUUGAACUGUAGUGUUAGUGGGCUGAGUGAGUUGGAUGGUUCAGAUAUGAAACCAUCUGGAAUCUUCUCAUCAGAUCCACAAACCCGGGAUUUCAUGAUGGGCCGUUUUCUGCCUGCAGCAAAAGCUGUAGCAUCUGAAACACCACCAUAUGCUACUAGGAAACAACCUAUAGAACGAGAGCCACCAAGACAGAUAAAGGAGCUCGUAUCUGUGGAUAAGCAGCAACCACAUCGUGCGUUCAGUCCAAAGAAGUUCCUACAUUAUGCACAAGAUGAUUUGUUGGAAGAAACUGAAGAUGAUUGCUAUAGCCAGUCUGAUACUAUUCAGCUAAUGUCUGUGGCUUAUUUCCUCAGUUCUUGCUUAAAAAUUUCUUCUGCCUUUUGAACCCAAUACCAGGGAUGAAAAUUCAGGCUCAAAAACCAGUGAAACCUGCAUACUCUGUUCGUAGGCGAGAGGCUAAAUCUUCAUAUUUGCGACCAUGCUGUGAAACUGAACAUGAGCAUGCUGAGGCUGCUGGCAAGAAAGGCCUAACAGGUAUUGCUCAAACAGAGGAGGUUAUCGAGGAUAAGAAUAAUCUAGGGAGUGGAUCUAGCAUGAAUAGAUAUAGAAGUGAUUGCCAGAAUCCUGUUGGAGCUCCUCUUUUUAGGCAUUUGCUGAGUAACAAUGCAUCAUCGUCUCCUAGUCAAAUUUCCCAGUUGGUACAUCAAGAAAAAGGGUUUCUUGGUAUUCCUGAAAAAGCUAAGAAUUGCAGGGUUGGUAGCGUUGAUCUGUUUAAAAAGAAAGGAAGAAUUUUCAAGAAUUGCUGGCAAGUGAGAGUAUUGGCCAGGAAUCAGGUUCGGCAAGCCCUGUUGAGAAAACUCUAUAUGUAGAUUCCGUACACAGGGUCUUAUCAUCCAAUUCAGAUGAAACAGCACUAACUCAAUGCACGAAGGAUGAUUUAGAGAUCCCAGUUAAUCCUGGGGAAAUGGAGGAGACUUCUUCAAUAGAUUCUUCAUUAAAGGAUUCCAAGCACUUGACUCAUGUUGUUGAUGAGAAUGCAGCAGUGCAGCAUAAGACCAUGGAGUCUGUGUAUCCAUAUUCUCUUGAAAAACAUGCUCCUUACUUGCAAAUGGACGCAUCAGACGGUACCAGAAGGGAUCAAGAUUUGAUUCAAUAUUCAAGUAAAUUGACAUGCCUAGGUGUUACCCACAACAGGAAGAAUGAUAUGGAAUGCCCAGUGAAGUUUGUGUUAAGUCGACGAGAGCACAUACAGGACCCUAAAACAUUUAUACACUCAAAAGCAGCUGAGCAUGGAAAGGUUGAUUCGGAAAGCCACCCACAAAUUAAAUCAAGUAACAGAGGAAGUUCUAGUGGCAGCAACUUAAAACUUCCACUUGCCCUACCUUUACCAAAAGCUCCAUCAGAAUCUUGGUUAAAGCGCACAUUGCCCGCUGUUUCAUCGAGAAAUACAUCCUCAUGGUCUUCUCUUGGUACAUGUAACUAUACUGAAACUCAGGCCCACACCGCCCCGUCCAGUGAUCUCAAGUGGGAAACCAUUGUUAGAUCUUCUAACGUUCAUCACGUCCGUUUGCGGUUUUCAGAGGAUCAACUUCCUCGAAUACCAGAAGCUUAGAAGUACAAAUACCUCGAGUCAGUAGGUUUCGCCAUCUGAUUCGGUCGGAUCCGUUGCUUUAAUGGAUUUAAGGACGCAUACCUGUCAAAAAUUUUUAUCUACAUGU